UACGGUAGCACAGGCAAAGAGGGUUUUUUUUCAAAUCAGGAUAAUAUUUUGCGUAAAAGAUCAAUCAUGGAUGUAAGGUUCCUUCUUGCAUUUGCGACGGUGUUUGCUCUGACAUCGAAUUGUUCAGCAUUACUUACGGCGUGUGCGAAUAAUACAGAAUGUACCGCUGACCAGGCUAACUCAGAAUGUGAUCUGGUAACAGACACGGAUGGUAAUGGAGAUGGUGAAUGUGUAUGUACAGCUGCAUACAAGGAUAAUGGGGCCGGUGGCUGUACUGCAAAAGGUCUUGGAGACACAUGUGGCGCUAAUUCGGACUGUUCCGGUGUUUUAGUAACUCUGAAUGUAGUACAAAUUGUGUGUGCAGCUCAGGUUAUACCAGAGCGGUUCUACGUGUGA